AUGCUUGAUUGUUGUUUACUGCAGGUGCUAGAGUUAGCUGGAAAUGCGGCUAGGGACAACAAGAAAACCAGAAUCAUUCCAAGGCAUCUUCUGUUGGCCAUUAGAAACGAUGAGGAGCUUAGGAAAUUACUGGGUGGAGUUACGAUUGCUCAUGGUGGUGUUCUUCCAAAUACCAGUCCUAUUUUGUUGCCAAAGAAGACUGUUGCUAAGGAGCCAUCAAGUCCUUCUAAAGAUGCUAAAUCUCCAAAGAAAGAUAAGAAGGCUGAAUAG